AUGUCAUCCACGCAGCAAAGACCUCCCCUCCGCCGUUCAGAGCCGAUGGAUUCACUCCCUCCUGCUUUGCGCCACGAGAACCCGCAGGCGAUCGACAUUGGCGAUGACCAGUAUCGGGAGUUGGUCGACAUGAUGAACUUUCUUGGCGAGGAUCCAGCUGUUCAUACUAGAGAACAAGAAAUUGACGAGGCUAUCACCGAUCCGGUCCCACAGUACACCCCAUUCCCAGGAAAGGGAGAGAAGACAGUUGAAGUUUCUCCUUCCGACAAGCAUCCAGCUGACCCGUCACCGCCGCCCUAUCGCCGCGAACGAAACAAAUUGAGCAAGCGACGACCAAAUAACGGUCAAUAA